CUCCAACUCAAACCAUGUUGUCCUUCAAAAGACUACAAACCUAGUUAUUGGCCUUGGCCCUUCUUUCCUCAUUAACUUAAAGGCAGCUGUCUUUUCAUUCCCGACAGAGCCACUUUCCUGAGCCCCAACGUAGCGAGUCUUCAUUCUCUGAUACUACUACCCAUUUCAUCCUUGGUCUUUGUAAUACAAGACAGAGAGCAAGAUGGGCCAAUCGUGGCGAUGGGUUGCGGCAAGAACAGGUCUCGCAGUCCUGACCUUUGCGUCCUCGGUCCUUGCAGCACCAGCUGCCUAUGUUAAUUGCCAAAAACCGACCAACAAUCCGUUAGAUGGUUGUCCUGACGGCACCAUUCUUGUAUCAGCCUCGGACCACGACGGGGCCCAGUUUCACACCAUCCAGUCUGCAAUUCUUUCGCUGCCCAAUGACAACUCAUCUCAGGUUAUCCUAAUUCUGCCCGGUGACUACGUCGAGCAGCUCAACAUCACCCGAUCCGGUCCUGUCACUCUUUUAGGACAGACAGCACACCCGACGGUGCAGGCGAAGAAUCAGGUCCAGGUCUAUUGGGCGGCUGCGAAUGUUAACGGUAUCUAUGGUGAUAACGCAUACACCUCUGUAUUGACGGUGGCGCCGACUCUCGAGGCCAGUCUUACCGGCUCCGGUCCCACUGGCUACCCGGUUCCUGACGAGACCCCCUUUGGAUGCGUCCAGUUCAGUGCUUAUAACUUGGACUUCCGAAACGUCUAUGCAGACUACGCGAUCUCUCAGUCUCUAGCUGUGAGCAUCAGCUACGCCAAUGCUGGGUUCUAUUGGUGUGGGAUCUACAGCUACCAGGACACGGUCUACGUCGGAAAGCUCGGAAAUGCCUACUUCUAUCGGAACGAGAUUGCCGGAACGACGGAUUUCUUCUAUGGUUUCGGCACUGCCUGGGUCCAGCACACCAACGUUACUCUGAGAUCAUGCGGCGGAGGUAUUACAGCGUGGAAGGGGACGAACACGACCUUCCCCAACAAGUACGGCGUCUACAUCUCCGAUUCCUUCGUCAACGCGGCAAACGCUUCUAUUGCCCAUUCAAUGGUCGGAAAAUGUGCCUUGGGCCGACCCUGGAACGACCUACACCGCAGCGUCUUCUUGAAUACGUGGAUGGAUGCAAGCAUCCUCCCCAAGGGCUACAAGACUUGGUCUGGCCUGCCAUACACGCCCGGGUCUAACUACGACAACGACACCCUCAUGGCCGAGUACAAGAACAGUGGACCGGGAUACGAUCUCGCUGCGCGCCUGGCGAGUGAUGUCACGAAGGUGUUGGAUGCUGACCAAGCUCGCAAAUACCGGACGCCGAAGGAUGUUUUCAUGACCUGGACGGGCGUGCAGCCGAAUAUCGCUUGGAUUGACCCAGCCACCUACACUUGGUAA